UAGCCGAUGAUGCUCACUUGAUCAAUACAACGCGUGAUUCUCUAUCCUUGCCUUAUGGGAUUUCGUGCAAAAGAAGAUAUCUAGUCAGUCGGAUAGAACGCUUGGAUUCUUCGACGUUGUGCAAAUAGGGUGGCCAUUUGCACCGACAUCAUUGAAAAUGUGUCCUGAAUGAAUAUGGAUCCAAAUUGGAUUGAGUCAUCGGGGAUCUCGAGUGCUGAUCUGCAGCUGUUCAAUGUUGCGGCAGGUUAUUAAUUCUUGUAGAGUUGGCAUAAAUUCUAUACUAAUAGAGUAGCUAAAGAAUACAGUCGUUUUUUAUUGUGCGCGGCUUGGAGACCAGGAGCAUUGGAGUGCUUUCCUAUAGUCUGUACCAUCCAUCGGUCAAUGAGGGAAGUGAUUGAUUUAGCCUAAAUGUGAGGAUAUAACCAUCGACAAGCCUGGAACCAGUAGCGCAGGUGCAUGACCAUAAUCCUAUUGGUUGAAGAACAAAUGUAGACAGCACCAUGGAAUUGUACCCCAUAUACUCAGAUUGGUGUAGGUUUUACUUUUCUAAAAUAUCUAUUUCACAGGGUAAAAGAAAAUAUUUAGGGAGAUAUAACGGAUUUGCAACGUAAUAUGGGGCUCAAGUUGCGUAAUUAUUUCAUUUAAUGAAAAAUAACUAGAGGCAUUCUCCGUUUGUAUGGCAGUUAGGCCUAAUAAUAUUGUCAGAAGUCCACCUGAAAAUAUGCAUUGUACACAAGAUGGUUUUGUUGUUGCUGGUGAGUCCCAGGUUAGCCUACUUUUUCUCCUUGUUCAAUUGUUUUGAUCCUAGGAAGAAUUCUUCAACCGGCCAUGAAAUUGUUUUGACUUUUUGGACACAGUAGGCUACGCGUUGAUAAAACGUAGGCCUAUGACAAACAUUUUUGAUAAAAUGUGUUGUUCGGGCCGUACAUAAAUUAUUGUCCUGAACAUUUUAUACAUUCGAUCGUUUUGAAUAACUUAGGCCUAUAUAGGUCUUAAGUGUGCGCUAUUCCACAAUGGCUUUGAUUUGAACUUUCGGAUUCGGAACCCCCAAUGAACUUUUACAAAAUCCUAAUUGAGAGCUGCAAGAACCUUGCUGAAGUGUAUUCCUUUGAAGUUUGGUAGAAAUUUCAUUAAGAGUAGGCCUAUAGCCUACUGUGUAUUCUCAAUUUUAUUGGGCAGAACUUUAAGCCCAGAGUUGGAAUUUAGGAAGUUUUAUUUUAUAAAAGGACUCGUUGAUGUCGAGUAAUUUUUCUAUUAAUUGCGUCUGAAAUAGGCUAUAAUGUCCAGAUCAAACAGUGUAAGCCCCCCUGGAGUCGGUGCGCCUGGAGUAAGGGGAGGGACUGAGCACAGAUCAGCUUGGGGCGAGUGUGAGUCUAUUGCCAACGGAUGCCCAUACUCGGCCAGAUCGCCGAGCAAAAAGCUCACCCGGUCGAACAGCAGAUGGAAAGAGGAGGAUGAUUAUGAUCGACAAGCAGGACGUGCCACAACAACUGUUAGCAGGGUCAGUUUUAGGUCUAGGUCUGCGUGGCAAGAGCAUGGGGAGGGGAGCCGUAACAACAAUCGUUCAUCCCCAAAGCACGCUGAUGGUGAAGUGAGAGCCAAAUCGGUGGAACUGGGUCUGGAGGACCGGAGAUCGAAGCCCAAGUCCGAGGAGGAGCUUAUGCCCGAAGUUCACUUUUCCAUGGUUGCGUGCUGCAGCAGCGUGAUGCAGAUUUUUAAAUCCAAGAAAUUCCAAUCGGAGAAAUUGGAAAGGCUUUACCAGCGUUACUUUUUCCGACUUAAUCAGAGCAGUUUGACCAUGCUUAUGGCCGUGUUGGUGCUCGUGUGCGCGGUCAUGCUGGGAUUUCAUUGCGCCGGGGGGAUAUGCAGCGUAAUUUACGUGGUGGUCUUUGCCAUUGCCAUCCUUCUCAUCCUCAUACUGAUGGUCGUCUGCAAUAGGAACGGGUUUCAUCAGGACCACAUGUGGAUCGUCUGCUAUGUGGUUAUACUGGUCGUGCUAGUGGUGCAGGUGAUUGGGGUUCUACUGGUGCAGCCGCGAAGUGCCUCUGAGGGAAUCUGGUGGACAGUGUUCUUUAUCCAUGUCAUCUACACGUUGCUCCCGGUCCGGAUGCGAGCUGCAGUUAUCACUGGAGUUAUACUGUCCGCCAUCCAUGUGGCCGUGUCUUGGACGCUAAACGGGGUGGAUAACUUCAUAUGGAAACAGGUGGUGUCCAACGUGUUGAUCUUUUCCUGCACCAACAUUGUGGGGGUGUGCACACACUACCCAGCCGAGGGCUCCCAGAGGCAGGCCUUCCAGGAGACAAGGGAGUGUAUCCAGGCUCGCCUCCACUCACAGAGAGAGAACCAGCAGCAGGAACGCCUCCUGCUCUCGGUGCUUCCCCGCCACGUUGCCAUGGAGAUGAAAGCCGACAUUAACGUCAAACAAGAGGACAUGAUGUUUCACAAGAUCUACAUCCAGAAGCACGACAACGUGAGCAUCCUGUUUGCUGACAUCGAGGGCUUCACCAGCCUGGCCUCUCAGUGCACCGCCCAGGAGCUGGUGAUGACGCUCAACGAGCUGUUCGCUCGCUUCGACAAGCUGGCCGCGGAGAACCACUGUCUGCGUAUCAAGAUCCUAGGAGACUGCUACUACUGUGUGUCUGGCCUGCCGGAGGCCAGGGCUGACCACGGCCACUGCUGUGUGGAGAUGGGCGUGGACAUGAUCGAGGCCAUCUCGCUGGUGCGAGAGGUCACUGGGGUCAACGUGAACAUGCGGGUGGGCAUCCACAGCGGCAGGGUCCACUGUGGUGUGCUGGGACUCAGGAAGUGGCAGUUUGACGUCUGGUCCAAUGAUGUCACGCUUGCCAAUCACAUGGAGGCAGGGGGCAAGGCAGGGCGUAUUCACAUCACCAAGGCCACGCUGAACUACCUGAAUGGAGACUAUGACGUGGAACCAGGCGCUGGGGGGGAGAGGAACGCCUACCUGAAGAAGCACAACAUAGAAACCUACCUCAUCGUGGGCUGCAGUCAGAAGCGCAAAGAAGAGAAGGCCAUGAUAGCAAAGAUGAACCGUCAGCGGACUAACUCGGUCACCCACAACACAGGCCACUGGACCGAACGGCCCUUCUACAACCACCUGGGCGGCAACCAGGUCUCCAAGGACAUGAGGAGGAUGGGCUUUGAAGAUCCCAAGGACAAAAACACACAGGAGAACCUGAACCCAGAGGACGAGGUGGAUGAGUUCCUGGGCCGAGCCAUUGACGCUAGGAGCAUCGACCGCCUGCGCUCCGAACACGUCACCAAGUUACUGCUCACCUUCCGAGAACCUGAUCUGGAAAAGAAGUACUCCAAACAGGUGGAUUCCAGGUUUGGGGCGUAUGUUGCCUGUGCCUCUCUCGUCUUCCUCUUCAUUUGCUUCAUCCAGAUCGUCAUCGUACCACACUCUAGUUUGAUGAUCGGGUUCUACAUCUCAUGCCUGAUCAUUCUGAUGGUUGUCAUGUUUGUCUCUGCAGUCUACUCCUGUUUCGGGUUUUUCCCAGUGCCUCUCCAGACGCUCUCGAAGAGGAUUGUCCAGUCCAGACUCAACAGCACUCUAGUGGGGGUCUUCACCAUCAUCCUGGUCUUUCUGUCCGCUUUCAUCAACAUGUUUACCUGCAGCACCAGUGAUCUGCGUGACUGCAUCAGCUCCGAACUCAAUCUGAGCCGCAGCACCAUCAACGCCUGCCACGCCCGCAGCCUCAACUACACCCUGGACUCAUACGCCGGCUUCUGCGGAGACGGCGCAAUCAACUGCAACUUCCCGGAGUACUUCUCCUCGUGCGUGCUGCUCAGUCUGCUGGCGUGUUCAGUCUUCCUGCAGGUCAGCAGCAUAGGGAAGCUGUUCCUCAUGCUGUUCAUUGAGCUCUUCUACCUCCUCAUCAUGGAGGUUCCUGAGGUCAGCCUCUUCGACAACGUGGACCUGCUGGUCAUGGCCAACGCCAUUGGUUACUUCAAUUCAACAAGCUGUGAGAUGGACCCCAAGGUUCCUCUGAAGAUUAUGACUCCUGUGGUCAUCACGGUCUUUGUCUUGGCGCUCUACCUGCACGCACAGCAGGUGGAGUCAACAGCCAGACUCGACUUCCUCUGGAAGCUACAGGCCACAGAGGAGAAGGAGGAGAUGGAGGAGCUGCAGGCCUACAACCGACGGCUCCUCCACAACAUCCUGCCCAAGGACGUGGCCGCCCACUUCCUGGCGCGGGAGCGCCGCAACGACGAGCUGUACUACCAGUCGUGCGAGUGCGUGGCCGUCAUGUUCGCCUCCAUCAGCAACUUCUCAGAGUUCUACGUGGAGCUGGAGGCCAACAACGAGGGCGUGGAGUGUCUCCGGCUGCUCAACGAGAUCAUCGCAGAUUUCGACGAGAUCAUCAGCGAGGACCAGUUCCGGCAGCUGGAGAAGAUCAAGACCAUUGGCUCCACCUACAUGGCGGCUUCUGGCCUGAAUGACUCCACCUACGACAAGGCAGGCCGCUCCCACAUUCUGGCGCUGGCUGACUACGCCAUGAGACUGAUGGACCAGAUGAAGUACAUCAAUGAGCACUCCUUCAACAACUUCAAGAUGAAGAUUGGUCUGAACAUGGGGCCUGUGGUGGCUGGGGUCAUAGGAGCCAGGAAACCACAGUACGACAUCUGGGGCAACACGGUCAAUGUGGCCAGUCGCAUGGACAGCACUGGGGUUCCUGAGAGGAUCCAGGUGACAACAGAUCUGUAUCAAGUGUUGAACUCCUACAACUACUCUCUGGAGUGCCGAGGGGUGGUGAAGGUGAAGGGGAAAGGAGAGAUGAUGACCUAUUUCCUAAACGGAGGGCCUUCCAGCAGUUAACACCCACUGACUGUCACUGACACUGGGCAUGACUCAGAGGAGAGGGGGGCAGGACUUAAAGGACCGAGCCUUUGAAGAGCAGGCUCACGGACCUGCAAUAGCCUGGUGCGUAUGGCACAUGCCCCCACUUGUCAUUUAGCCCCUUUCCUACCUGCAGAGGUCAGCUAUUGAUUGGCCACAGCGAAGGAAACAGUAGACCUUACCCAUUCUCUCACCGAGGGUCGAACAGUUGGAGGGGCCUAGAGGGUCUGGGUUCACUACGGAGACCAAAGACGUCCAGUCACCCUGCAGUGACGCAUUAGCUUAUAUGACGUGCUAAUAUGCUCAUCCCCAGAACCUGUGUCAUGUUUACCACAUGGCAGAAUGGCCCUACCCCACCCAGCUUUCACAGAGAUCCACCUUUGCUCCAAACAAAACCUGCAUGAAGAUACUGAACCAUGUAUACAUGUAAAACACACUCUGUUUUAUGUGUAUAUAUUCGUGUGUAGGUGUAAAACAGUUUGUGUCCAUAUUGUCAGUGUACACUGUGGAGUGGUGCAGAUAUUGCAAUUUCACGAGUACAUUAGGCUCCAGCCAGCAAAGCAGCACUAUCCAUCCCUUUACCGAGGUCAUCUGUAGCUGGCCUGAUGCUGGAUGAGAAGGAGCUCCACACAGGACAGGAGACCGAGCAGCAGAUCUAUUUAUCACCAGUAGGGGGCGGUAGCUGGACACGUUCAACCUGCCUGUGGCUCAGCUGAUCAGUGACACUGUCUUGUGUGGUGAUGUGCGAGUUUACAGGGCUCUUCCCCAGCCACACAAACAGAUACACACGCACACACCUACCUGCAAACACACACACACACAUGCUUUAACUGAAGACACUUUCAACCGAGGAUGUCAACGAAAAGCUUUUUUUUUGUAUUUUCAGCAUUUUGUAUUUUGACUCCAAACACCAAACCCUAUCAGAUAUUUCAGAUUCUAUAUUUUGUACAUUAAUAUAUUAGAGAGAGAGUUAUCUAUAAACACCAACGUGUAUUCAGAUGUACAAAGCUAACACAGUCCUUUUACAAUCAUGCACAUACAUUAGCCAGGGGUCGGGGAUUCCUCUGGACUUUCUUUUUUCUGUGGCUCCAUGUUAGGUUUCCAUGUCAUACUGUUGUUCACGAGCGUCACACAUUCUGUUUUGUGUAAUAACAUUCAGCCUGUACAUCAUCCGUCCCAAUGUUCAACCCUUUUCAUGAAGUGUUCACACUCUAAAAGUCGAAAAAGGGUAGAAAAUUGGGACCCAGCAAUAGUUUUCGGUGCUGAAAGCCAAUUUUGCACAACACUGCUGUCAGCCCACCUUUUCACCUUUUACCCCCCCCCCCAUCUUUUAAUCAGAUGGUACGACCCAAUGAAUGUCCAAUGAUUUCCAAUGUGGCCUUUCUUCUAUAGUCUAUAUAUACUAAUGACGUCCUUCUAUGAAAAGGGGUCUACUUGCGUAAAUAGUUAUUUAGGUCGGCUUUUUGUAUCCCUAAAGUGUUUUAAUACAACAGUUCCACAGUGUAACUGCAUAUGUACCCUAUUGUGAUCGCCUACCUGCUUACUCCCUGCAGUUUGGCCUUUAGUUUUUCCCUGCAGUACAACGACCUUAGGAACUACCAGACUCAUGCAAACGUCUGUCUUUAUCAGUUCUGCCUCCCCCCCUCCCAGAUCUGUCACCAUGGUGCCAUGGUUAGUUUGCCCUUGUGACUUUUCAUGUUUUUUAUGAUCUCACUGUUUGUCAUUAGUUGUGGGGGCGGGGGGGAGGUUAAGAGAUUGUACGCAGAAAGUGAGCCUUUUUAGAAAACUUAGCAAACACAGUGCCAUUGAAUUUCGUUGACCUUUAGACGUUGUCAGAAGCUGACAUCAGAGGAGGAGACUCGGGAGUUCGGACACUGUCCCUCGCUGCUGUGGAGACAGACAGGCUUUCAUCGAUAAGCUGACUGUUGAUAUGGAGACGCGGGCAGCUAAUAGGAAGAUAUCUGGCAUCAGUGUGUUCUCUUUCUAUCAUGUCAAACACUGCUGUUUUUUACAUGCAAAUAAACUGCUCAAAUGUUUUACUUCUCCCUGGUGGUUUGAUCUGGUUUUCCUCACGUACUUGGGUCUUUCAGUUGAUCAGCUGUGUUCCAAUGUCCACAAGGGGGCAGCAGUAGUCUUUCAAACUCAUUAAAACACCAACACUUGGGUGUCAGACUCUCUCCCUAUGCCUUCCCUUUUGACCCAACAUAAGGUAGAUGGUGCAAUGUUUUUAAAAGUAUUUUGUAUGUUGAUCAUUUCUUAAUGUACCUUGUAUUUGAUAUCUGCUUUUCAUAC